UCCUCCGGGCGGGGCGGGCCGCGGCCGCCCCCGCGGGCUCCGGUGCGUCAGGGCGCGUCAGGCGGGGCGGGGCAGGCCGAGCGCGGGCGGCGGCGGCGGCGGCGCGCGCCGGCCUCCUCCUCCUCCUCCUCCUCCUCCGCCUCCCGCACUCGAGCAGCCGCCGCCGGCCGGACGGGCGCCGCUCCCUCCGCUCCGCCCGCUCGGCCGCGCCGCCCGCCCCUGCCUGGCAUGUCGGCAGCCGUGGCGUGCGUGGAUUACUUCGCCGCCGACGUGCUCAUGGCCAUCUCCUCAGGCGCCGUGGUGCACCGCGGGCGACCGGGCCCCGAGGGCGCGGGCCCGGCCGCUGGCCUGGAUGUGCGCGCGCCGCGCCGCGAGGCCGCCCCGCCCGGGCCCCCGGGGCCGCCGCCGCCGGCCCCCGCCGUCCCGGGCCCAGGCCCGGGCGCCGCCGCCGCCGCACCCCACCUGCUGGCCGCCAGCAUCCUGGCCGACCUGCGCGGCGGGCCCGGCGCCGCUCCGGGGGGCGCCUCGCCCGCCUCCUCUUCUUCGGCCGCCUCGUCCCCGUCCUCCGGCCGCGCCCCCGGCGCCGCGCCCGCCGCCGCCAAGAGCCACCGCUGUCCCUUCCCGGGCUGCGCCAAGGCGUACUACAAGUCCUCCCACCUCAAGUCGCACCUGCGGACGCACACAGGUGAGCGCCCCUUCGCUUGCGACUGGCCGGGCUGCGACAAGAAGUUCGCGCGCUCCGACGAGCUGGCCCGCCACCAUCGGACGCACACGGGCGAGAAGCGCUUCCCCUGCCCGCUCUGCUCCAAGCGCUUCACCCGCAGCGACCACCUGACCAAGCACGCGCGCCGCCACCCCGGCUUCCGCCCGGAACUGCUCCGGCGCCCGGGCGCCCGCAGCACCUCGCCCAGCGACUCGCUGCCCUGCAGCCUGGCGGGCAGCCCCGCGCCCAGCCCGGUGCCCAGCCCGGCCCCCGCCGGCCUGUAGAGCCCCAGUCCAGCCGCCCUGAGCGCGCCCCCGCUGGGCCUGGGCAUGGAGCACCAGCAACACGCCUACUGUCCCGGCCCGGGGCGGGGAACGGACUGACCGCCAGCCCGGCCCCUUCCAGUGUCCCCCUGAGGGCCCCCAAGAUGCCCUUGCCCCCUCGAGAAAACAAGGAGGGGUCUGAGACUGGACCGGGGUCAUCCGGGCCUUGGAGUUUGCUCUCGGGAGGGGUAGUGGCCCCGUGUCUGUAUAUAGCCAUGAUCGUUAACUCUCUUCCCAGCUGUUAAACAGGGACCCUGGGUGGGUGGCCAGGAGGCGUCCCCCUUCCCCCUUCGCCACUUCCGUGCUUUGAGGGACGUGGGGGCCUUGGGGGGAGGUGGCCCAGGAAAGGCACCCCCUAACCGGUGUUCACACUUGGUCCCCAGGCCCCUCUGUCCACGUUGGGAUGAAGUAUGCAAAGAGCCAUAGGUGAACCAGGGGUUACCGCGGGCUGCCUCGUGUCCCCCAUCCCCCGCCCCGGGAGCCCCUCACCCCGCCGAAAGCCAUUGGAGACGUUCAGGGAAACGGGGUGUGGCUCGGCCGCCCCCAUUCGGGUACUCAAUCUCAGGUGUCCACAGGUUCUGCCCCACUGCUCAUGGGAGGGGCCCCUCAGCUCCCCAGCCUCGAGGGCUGGGUGGGUGGGGACGGGGGAGGUCGUAGGGUUUCCAUAGGGGUACCGGUUUUGCUUCUGAGACUUGGGGUAGGGAGGGAGAGAAGGGGGGGUUCUUCCAAAGAGCAAUUUGACUCACGGUGGGGGCGGGGUGCGGGGCGCGAAUAUCACGGGAUGGGAGUUACUGCAGGCUUAUUUAUUUUCCUCUGUCUGCUGGCGCAGGGGGCUGCCCUGCCCCUCUGGGUGGGUGUGCGAGUGUGUCAGUGAGAGAGACUGGGGGGAAGCUGGCCCCCAGUUUGGAUGGCCGGCUCCCCUCUCCUGAAGGGGAAGAGUCCCCGACUUUGGCCUUGUGCAGCAUCACGUGACAAUCAAUCCCUCCUAUUUGGGACCAGGGCAGCCUUCGGGCGAAGUGCACCCCUUCCCUGCCCUGCGGAUGGGGGUGAGGAGGCCCCGGGCCCUGGCUCCAUCCUGCCCCCGGCGUGGCCAUUGGACCAGCGGUUGAGGUCCCGCUCACGCGGGCGGGCGGGAAGCGGGAGGGCUGACCCCCCGAACCCCCUGGGAUAGCUCGAUUUUUUUGGACCGGGUAGAAUAUUUUUUCAGGCGCCAAUCUCUUCCUUGAUCUGGGCCCCGGUGGGUGGUCUGUUGUCCUCAGGCUUUGUGGGUGUGGGAGGGAGGGUCUGCGUGGUCUGAACUUAGGAUGGGGAGGAACAGAUGUCACGUCCCCUCCUGGUGUCUUCCCACUGUGGCUGCGGUUGGGUUUCAUUUUGGACAGAGGGACUGAAGACCCCGGCCCUGGAAUGGGAAGGGACCCAGGCUUCCUGUCCCAUACCGUGAAAAGGCCUAUCCCGCCUUUGGCUGCACGAGGUCUGUGGCACCCCUCUGUGUUCCAGAACCUUCCUGCCUCCCAGUUGGGGGCUGGGGCAUUUGGAUGGCACUAGCGUGGACCGGAACCGGCCCUGGCAGGAUCCAGGGACAGGUGCCUGGGGUCCUGGGGAGGGGGGCGGGGCUGCGGAGGAUCUUCCCGCGGUGGUGAGAUGCCUUAGUCCAGGGGGCAGAGGGCGGGCCAGGGCCUUGUUUCCCUUUGUGUCUGUCUGGACGCCCCCCUCAUUGUCCCAGCCCUGGCCGGUGCAUGUCCGCAGUGGGUGGGCUGUGGUCUGAGGACCCAGGGAGCUGAGAACUUGUCCCUGGCCUCCCCCGCCCCCCCCGUGUCCAGGGGUCUGGAGGGACCGAUGGUCAUUGGGAUCUGGCUCCAGCCAUUUUAGCUGUGGCCUUUCGAGAUGUGGGGGGGGGGUAGGGUCCCAAGGGAUUUGUGCUUUCGGGUGACCCCCCCCCCUUCCCUUGCCCUGCCUGGCCUCAUCCUGGUAUUUAAUUAAUUAAACAUGUCUUUUUUAAACCCGA